AUGGAAUUAACCCAACUACUAGUCGCCUACUUUGUAGGCGGCAUAACCUUUUUUCCCCUCCUCAUUUUCACCUUCAUUUAUCUCCACCCCAAGAUCAGUUCCGAUAGCAAUGCCAACACAUCCAGUCGCAAGUCACCCAAGACUGGAGUGCUCAAUGGGGACAAUUUGGAGUAUUCGGAGCCCCUAAAGGCUGGAGAGGUGGAAGAGAAGACCCAGUCAGGGUUGGACACCUUCAAGACAGGGUGGAUUUUCGUCACCCAGGAGUAUUUGGAGUCGCCGGACGACAUCACAUCUGCCACCCAGUCCAUUAGCGAGGCGCCUGAAAACAAGUCGGCUUAUUCCUCCCUCUACAAGCUUGUGCAAAAAGACACGGUUAUCAUAAAGAACGAUUGUAAUGGCACCAAGAAGUCCAGGUCCGGAUCGUUCGACUUCCCCUUCAGUGGGUUUUCUUCCGAGGAUGUUGCGAGCGAGCCCGUGGUGGCUUCUACAAGCUCCACUUCGCCUUCAGCCGCCACAGCAGCAUCUGCAAACCAACCUAACCAGCCAAGCGAUAAAAUCAGAAAUUCUCAAAGAAAACACAGAUACUACGCAAUUCUAAAACAUGGCAACUUGUUUCUCUAUAAAGACGAAAGCUUAAAAGACGUCAAGCAUGUGAUUGUGUUAUCUAGUCACAUUGUAUCUUUGUGGCCCAGGGGGUUGUCAGAUGGGAGCUUGUUCACUAGAAGCUCAGCAAUUGCUAUCUUGAAGCCCUCAUCCGAAACUCAACCCAAUAAAAUACAAUCACCAGAGGCGAAGUUCUUCAUUUACUGCGAUUACAAUAUCGAUAAGGAAGACUGGUAUUUUGCACUCAUCAGAUCUACUAAACAACCAGCUCACAAUGAUUUCGCUUCUUCUCUCGAUCCAGAGAUACACGCGAAGACCCUCCAUUUCACCACUAGUCACAUCAUGGACCUCAUCCAAACAUUAUACAGUUCUGAGGGUCAGCUUCAAACGAAAUGGUUAAAUGCACUCAUCGGAAGAUUGUUCCUCUCUUUUCAAAAGACGAAGGUGCUAGAAACUUAUCUUUACACGAAAGUAGCCAAGAAGCUUAACAAAAUCAAGAAACCAGGAUUUUUGGACAAGUUCGUAAUUAAUUCAAUUUAUCCGGGUGAUUCUGCCCCUUUCUUCACAUAUCCAAGUCUCAAAGAGAUCAAUCCUGAUGGAACUAUUCUUGUGUCAACUUAUAUGACAUACCAUGGAAACUUUUCCAUUGAAAUAGCUACUAAAGUCAAUAUCAGUUUAGGUGCUAGGUUUAAAACCCGAGAUGUGGACUUGGUAUUGCGUAUUACCCUUUCAAAACUAGAGGGACGUAUGCUUAUAAAACUUAAACCACCACCAUCUGGUAGACUUUGGUAUGCAUUCGAAGUUGAACCAACUAUGAACUUGAAGAUAGAACCAGUUAUAAGUUCUAGGCAGAUGGCAUACACCAUAAUCACAAAUACCAUCGAAAAGAAAUUCAAGGAGGCAGUUAAGGAGAGUUUUGUUCUUCCUCAUUGGGAUGAUAUUGUAUUUUAUGAAACAACUGAUGAGGUUUAUCGUGGGGGCAUUUGGGAACCACCACAAGGAAGUGAAGAACAGAGAGAAACACAACCAUUGGCUUCUGAUCUUGAAGAGAAGACGGAUUUACCUAGUGAUAUCGAAGAGAAAAUAGAGCUUUCGUCUCAGAAAUCAAAGAGCAAGCUUUCCAAUACCAUAACAGACUUCGGAAAGAAGCUUAAGAAUACCAGAUCUAAUAAUGGAUUGAACGAGGCUUAUUUGGGUGAAGUAGAGUCACAGUCACUGGGUGCAUCUACUCGGAAUGCUACCAUGAAUACAUUGAAAAAAAUCGGUAAAUGGUACUUCAAAGAUGAGAAAGCUUCAACAGAAGAGAAGUAUACGCCUCCAGAAAUGAUCCUGAGCAGGCGCCUCCCAAGAAAAGCAUCAAAUUCAAGCCUCGAAAGUCAGAAAGGCCAUUUUUCGAAACAGAACCCGUCAUACGAGUUCAGCAGAUUUGCCAGCAACACCUCAUUAAGAGAUAAAGUAGCUGAAAAGUCAGCGAAUCUUGGUUUUCCUGUCACCCCAGCCGAUCAAGCAUUAGAAAGUGAAAUGAAAGUGGAAUCGCUCAAGAGCGAGCCACUCAAGUGUGAAACCUUCAACGAGGACCCUCUCGAAGUCGGCCACAAAAGGACAUCAAUUCCUGAUACUGAUGACAGCUCCAUGAAUUAUGCCGUAGCAAGUGAUAUUGAGGAUGAAGCUUUAAUUGUUGAUUUCAAUGAGAAAAUUCAGAAUUUUGCUAGCAAUACAAGCCUUCAAAAUUUAGCAGCAAGAAGUCCUACUUCUAGUAUUAGUGGGGUUGCUGCUUUGGGGCACGAGGGAAGAUUGACAAGAAAACCGCCACCUCCAAUAGAUUAA